AUGAAUGCAGACCAGUCUAACAAUCAAACAGUUCGUCGUGACAAGUUCUGUUGGAUUUGUCACAAAAAAUAUCUGAAAAUCUCUUGUGCGAAGUGUUUUCGAAUAUUCCACGACAAAUGUCUGAAAUCGGCAGAUAAUUAUCGUUGGGGUAAUAAAAGUGAAACAAAACUGGCGAGCUGCACAGUUUGCACGGUUGAAGAAACGUCAAAAAAAGCCUGUGACGACAAGGAUCGUCUUCUGAAAUUGCUCAAGUACAUAAUGAUUGAUAUUUUGGACAAUCCAGACUUCCGCGUGUUCAAGGACUUGUCAGCAUUGAAGAUGGAGGCAAAGUAUUGCGAUGACGUCGUCAAUCCAAUCGAUUUGGACGAAAUUGACCGAAAGAUUUGUCGUGAGCUCUACGAUAGCUUAUAUGCAUUCCUCGUCGAUAUUGAUUACAUUUACCACAAUUGUUUCGUUUACUAUGGCG